AUGGCUUUGAGAAAUGGAGUGGAAAAAUUCCCAGAUAGUUUGAUGUUGAAGGCGUGGUACGAAAAAAACAAAGAAUUGUUCAACAAAGUAAAGAAUGCAGAAAAUGAAGGAAUGAAAGAGAAAGAGCAUGGUUUUGAUGUGGAUAGUAACAAAGGAGAUGCCGAUAGUAGUAAUGAAUGUGGAAUCUCUCCGGUUAUAGGAUUAAUAGUUUAUGGGGAUAAAAAGGAUGAUGGUGGAGAUUUCAGUAUGCCUACUGUGGAAAAGGUGGAUAGUACAAACCAUCAACAUGUUUCACAAUUCUUGGAGUAUCCUGAAUUGUUGGCAACAACAACUAAAAUGGCAGAUUAG